UUAUGGCAAAUAGGACAAGUUUUUUUGCUUUGAAUUUCCCGCGAUAUACACGCAAGCAAUUCCAGUGUGAAUGGCGGAUAUUUUAUUAUAUAUGAUAUUUUGUGCUUAAUCACCAAUUGCACAUAUAUAUAUGUAUGUAUAUUUUGCAAUAAAAAAACAAAAUUUAAUUAAUCGUUAAUGACUGGAGAAAAAUAAUGGAUAGAAUAAUAAAGGGUAUAAUGAAGUACAGGCAGUGUCACAGAGAAGGAAUGGUUAAACAAUUCAAACAAGUUAAAGAUCAUCCCGAACCUAAGGCAGUAUUUUUUACUUGCAUGGAUUCACGGAUGAUCCCAACUAGAUUCACUGAAACAAAUGUCGGAGAUAUGUUCGUUGUACGUAAUGCUGGUAAUGUUAUUCCACACUCGCAACAUUUCGUCGAUGAACUGACAAUGUGUGAGCCAGCAGCUUUGGAGCUCGGAUGUGUUGUUAAUGAUAUUCGACAUAUUAUUGUCUGUGGACACAGUGAUUGCAAAGCUAUGAAUUUAUUAUAUUCACUCCAGGAUGAAGAAUUCGCUUCUAAAAUAAAUAGAAGAAUAUCUCCAUUGAGAGCAUGGCUGUGUGCUCAUGCAAACAGUAGUCUAGAUAAAUAUAGACAAUUAAAAACCACUGGAUUCAAUCAACCAAUGAUUUUUCAAGCUGAAACUCCGAUGAGAAAAUUUGUCGCUUAUAUUGAUCCUGACGAUAAGUUUGCCGUCGAAGAUAAAUUAUCACAAAUAAAUACACUCCAACAGCUACAAAAUAUCGCAUCCUAUGGAUUUUUAAAGCAACGACUAGAGAGGCAUGAUCUACAUAUUCAUGCGCUUUGGUUUGAUAUUUAUACCGGAGAUGUAUAUUAUUUCAGUCGAGGUAACAAAAGGUUCAUUGAAAUAAAUGAAAUAACCGAAAAGCCGUUACUGAAAGAAAUUCAAAAAUAUUAUUCCUGAAAUAAAAUUUACAAUAAUGUAAUACAUGCACAUUCUAUUUUAUAAAAAAAUAAGCACAAUUAUUUAUAUAUAAGUGGUAUUGUUAUUUAUUUUUUUCAUUUAUGUACAAAUUAUUAUUUAU